AAAGACCGGCGGUCUCUCAUCUCAUUGGAUGUUUGGGUGCGUCCUCACCGCAAAGAUCCAUCAUCCGAGCAACUCAGUCAAGGCACAGACACUGUAAUGGCUGUGAAUGACACCUGUUAUGUCUGCACGGUCUUACAGCUUUACAAACAGUGAUUGUUUACCACGAUUGUUUUAACAUUUGCGUGACCAGGGAUCAAGUUGAAAGAACAAGUCUGGAUGCGGUGCGCUUGCCUUGAGGAUAUUGGAAAGGUCUCCAUCAUGCCGAAGGUUCAGUCUGAGAGGUAGCAGUUUAAACACUUACUUCAAGACAGGCUUUUCACCCUUCGAUUCCCAUCAUGGCUCUAACCUGCCUUUGUGAGUCUGUGAACGGAUCAAACCAGGAUUAUGUGUUCUGCAACAGCACUACAUUCAACUUCACCAGCAAUGAAAGUGGACGCUGUCACCUUCAGACCAUGGAUGAAGUUCUGUUUAGGCUUCUGGGCCCUAGACGAUCUCCUUUCUUCUUCCCCGUAACCUUUAUGUACAUCCUCAUCUUCAUCACAGGGGUCUUGGGAAACCUCCUCACUUGCACCGUAAUCACUAAAGACAGGAAAAUGCAGACACCUACUAAUUUAUACCUUUUUAGCUUGGCCAUCUCAGACCUGCUGGUACUACUCUUUGGGAUGCCGCUAGAAAUCUACGAGCUUUGGCAGAACUACCCUUUCCCCUUCGGCGAAAGGAUGUGCUGCUUCAAGAUCAUCUUAUUUGAGACAGUUUGUUUUGCUUCUGUGCUUAACGUCACAGUGCUAAGCGUGGAACGCUACAUAGCUGUCAUCCACCCACUCAAAACCCGCUACGCUAUAACCAACAAGCAUGCUCAAAAGGUCAUCACUAGCGUUUGGAUUCUGUCCCUGAUCUGCGCCAUCCCGAACACCUCGCUUCACGGCCUGCAGUACCAGUACCUGCCAGAGAGGGUUCUGGAAUCAGCUACCUGCAACCUGCUCAAGCCCAAAUGGAUAUAUAACUUGGUGAUCCAGGUCACCACUGUGCUCUUUUACUUUGUCCCCAUGAUGAUGAUCAGCGUGCUGUAUCUGAUGAUUGGUCUGACACUGGCCAGGGGACAGAAGCAGAGGAAGGACAAACUGGACAAGAACCACGACAGCUGGAAAAUCCAUCUGGACAGCAGACGGAGGAGGCAGGUCACCAAGAUGCAUUUUGUGGUGGUAUUAGUGUUUGCCAUCUGCUGGGCUCCAUUCCACAUUGACCGACUCUUUUGGAGCUACAUCACAAGUUGGACGGACCACAUGUAUAACAUAUUCGAAUACGUGCACAUAAUCUCAGGCGUGCUCUUUUACCUCAGCUCUGCCGUCAACCCUGUCAUCUACAACCUUCUCUCCAGUCGUUUCCGGGAGCGCUUCAAAGCGCUGGUGUGCAGCCGCCAGCCAUCGAGAUCUUCUCGUAAUGACUCAGCGCCUUUCUACAUCAUCCCCAAAGACACCCCCACUGAUCUCCAACGUCCAGGCUAAGAGCAGAAACAUGGACGGCCCACUUCCUUUUGUCAUUAUCAGCAGCAGGUGGGAAGGGGAGAAUGAAUGCUUCCAUGUGAGACAACAUGCUCUGUGAUCUCAUAUGGGAAGCCUUGGAUAGCCUCUCGCUAAAGACAGAAAAAGACUAAAGGUGAAACGUGUCAAUUACAGUACUGUGUAAAUAAUAGGCCAUUCCUUACAAACCACAUGUGAAUGGACACAUACUGGGAUUGGACUAAUAUGGCCAAUCAGGCUUUUUGAAGCUAAAGACCAGCUUAAUAAUAAUGCUAACUAGUGUAGCCAUGUUGUAAAUAAAUAAAUAAAUUAGAAUGAAAAUAAAACGCUGUACAAUUUUGCAGAAGUGCCACUUGUUAUCACGCCAUUCACGGUCAACAUUACAGUUCCUGUGAACAUUAGUGAAAGAAUAGGAGACAACAAGGUCAUUGGGUAAUAAAUGACAAAAUUGCUGCUAUGUAUCUGUUUAAAAAUGAAGCGGGACAUCUGUAUUAUACACAUGAAAUCUGUAUCAAAUGUUCUGUAUAAUUUGGGGUUACACUUUAGACAUUCUACAACUACAGUGCCCUCCAAUAAUAUUGGCACCCUGGUAAAUGUAAGCGAAUGCAGCUGUGAAAAUAAUUUUUUUAUCUUUUUAAUCUUUCAUUUAAAAAAAUUCACAAAAUACUAACCUUUCAUUUAAGUAAAACAUUACAAGUGGGGAGAAACUCACAUUAUGAAAUACAUAUUUUUUUCCAAUGCAUGUUGACCAUAAUUAUUGGCACCCCUAGUUUUCAGACGCGACUGGAACUUCAAACGGGACUGGCUUCUCUGGUCAGAUGAAACUAAAAAUUCCCUGUCCUGAACCCUAUAGAAAAUGACUGGGGUGAACUGAAAGAAGUAGUUCAACUCUAAAACAAACAUUUUAAUUAUGUACUCACCCCACUGUCAUCCAAGAUGUUAAUGUCUUUUCUUUCUUC